GCGUAACUACGUGGAUGAACGUCAACAUGGCUGAAUCCAUGAGAGCAGCUGCCGAGAGUUGAUGUGGCACUGAAGAGCAGCGGCGGCAGUGAAUUUGAGCUUAAUAAAUCACAUUUAUUUUGUAGAUUAAGCUCAAUGAUGCACUUGACUUGUUGAAUUGAAUGUAGUUGUACAAAUCAGGUCACCAUGUAUCUCCAGAAGAUGUUCUCCUGUUCUCAGCUUUUAGCGAGACCAAAUGCUCUGCAAACAUUCAAAAGAGCUGCUUCAAAAGGCAAAAAUCCCUCUUCCUCCCCAUUUCUCACACUCCAUGCUGUGCGUCAGUGGAGUAACGUGCCUUUUUUUACAGUGCCGCUGGCACGGGCGCACGGUAAGUCAUUUGCCCACCGCAGUGAUCUCCGCCAGGCCAAGAGAAUCGUUGUCAAGUUGGGGAGUGCUGUUGUAACCCGCGGCGACGAGUGUGGCCUCGCUUUGGGCCGACUCGCUUCAAUUGUAGAACAGGUGGCCAUGCUUCAGAAUCAGGGCAGAGAGAUGAUGAUCGUGACCAGUGGUGCUGUAGCAUUUGGAAAACAAAGGCUGAGGCACGAAAUUCUUCUCUCACAGAGUGUCAGACAAGCCCUCCACUCAGGCCAAAAUCAACUCAAAGAUAUGUCACUGCCAGUUCUAGAGGCGAGAGCGUGUGCCGCUGCGGGACAAAGUGGACUUAUGGCUCUGUAUGAAGCUAUGUUCACUCAAUACAGCACCUGUACUGCCCAGAUCCUGGUAACAAAUCUGGACUUCCAUGACGACCAGAAAAGACGGAACCUGAACAGCACUCUGCACGAGCUGCUGCGUAUGAACAUCGUGCCCAUCAUCAAUACCAACGAUGCUGUGGUGCCUCCCCCAGAACCCAACAGUGACCUGCAGGGGGUAAAUGUUAUCAGUAUCAAGGAUAACGAUAGUCUUGCAGCGCGGCUUGCCGUGGAGAUGAGGGCAGAUCUUCUCAUCGCUCUCUCUGAUGUAGAAGGCCUUUACGACAGCCCACCAGGGUCAGAUGAUGCCAAGCUCCUGGACACAUUUUAUCCUGGGGACCAGCAUUCCAUAACCUACGGCACAAAGUCCAGGGUCGGCAUUGGAGGAAUGGAAGCUAAGGUUAAAGCUGCUCUCUGGGCUCUCCAAGGUGGGACGUCUGUUGUCAUUGCUAACGGUACACACCCCAAAGUCACAGGUCAUGUGAUCACUGACAUUGUUGAGGGCAAGAAAGUAGGAACCUUCUUCUCAGAGGUCAAGCCAGCUGGUCCCACGGUUGAGCAGCAGACAGAAAUGGCUCGCUCUGCUGGCAGGACUCUUGCUUCCCUUGAACCAGAGCAGAGAAGUGAAAUCAUCUGUGCAUUGGCUGAUCUUCUCACUGAGAGGAAAGACGAAAUCUUAUCUGCCAACAAAAAGGACAUGGAACAUGCUGCCAGCACAGGUCGUCUGUCUCCAGCCCUGCUGAAGCGACUCAGUUUGUCAUCAUCUAAACUGAACAGUCUGUCCAUUGGCCUGCGUCAGAUCGCAGUGUCCUCUCAGGACAGCGUUGGCAGGGUUCUGCGCAGGACUCGAGUGGCAAACAACCUGGAGCUGGAGCAGAUCACUGUCCCCAUAGGAGUAUUGCUGGUCAUCUUUGAGUCACGACCAGAUUGCCUUCCUCAGGUUUCUGCUUUAGCCAUUGCCAGUGGAAAUGCUCUUUUGUUGAAAGGUGGCAAAGAGGCAGCCAACACGAAUCGCAUCCUGCAUGAACUUGCCCAGGAGGCUCUGUCCAUCCAUGGAGUCAAAGACGCCAUCCAGCUGGUGAGCACACGUGAAGAAGUGGAGGAUCUGUGCCGUCUGGAGAAGAUGAUUGAUCUGAUCAUUCCUCGUGGCUCCUCUCAACUAGUCAGAGAUAUUCAGCGUGCGGCGAAGGGCAUCCCUGUUCUUGGCCAUAGUGAGGGGAUCUGCCAUGUUUAUGUGGACCAUGAGGCCAGUGUAGACAAAGCCAUCAAGAUCAUCCGAGACUCCAAAUGCGACUACCCUGCAGCCUGUAAUGCCAUGGAAACCCUGCUGGUACAUCGAGAACUUCUCAGAACCCCAUUGUUUGAUCAGAUCAUCGACAUGCUGAGGACAGAACAUGUGAAGAUCCACGCCGGCCCCAAGUUUGCAUCUUACCUGACCUUCAGUCCGUCAGAGGUGAAGUCUCUGCGCACUGAGUACGGGGAUCUGGAGUGCUGUAUCGAGGUUGUGGACAGUAUGCAAGAGGCUGUUGAUCACAUUCAUAAAUACGGCAGUUCCCACACUGAUGUUAUUGUCACUGAAAAUGAGGACACAGCAGAGCAGUUCCUUCAGCAAUUAGAUAGUGCCUGUGUCUUUUGGAACGCCAGCUCACGGUUCGCUGACGGAUAUCGUUUUGGUCUCGGCGCGGAGGUUGGCAUCAGCACGGCCCGUAUUCAUGCCCGUGGGCCUGUGGGGUUGGAAGGGCUUCUCACUACCAAAUGGGUCUUACGGGGCGAGGGCCACACAGCUGCGGACUUCUCUGAGCAGGGCAGCAUGACGUAUCUGCACGAGAAUCUUCCGGUGGCACAGGUUCUUCCUGGACGAAGAACCACCAGCUAGAGUCGUGAAGUAAAAGCAUCUGCAGAAUCAAAUCUUAAGUAAAAGCCCACCCACUUAAAACCUAUUUAAAGACUCCCAUCAGGCAGUGUAUUUGGAGUAUGUGUGAAUACAAGGCAAAUCAUCUGUGGAUGGAGAGCUCUUCAGUGAACCCAUACAUUUAUACAGCUAAUUUAGUCAAGUGUGUCUUGUUCUCAGAAUGAACCAGUCGAACUUAUAGCUACAGAAACGCAGAACAGACGACAAGGGAUUUUGCUUAAAGCUGUGGUCCAUCUGAUUGUUUUUGUCAUUUGUGCAUUGUAUUAUGUUCUUUUGAGCAGCAAAAGGUAUUCCUGGUUAUGGCAAAAAUAAUGACAGCUUCACUCCAGUAUGGAGUGAAUGAAAAGAGGCCUCACGAAUUGCCCAUGUUAUAUAUUUCUGUAAUUCCUGGCACAAAUUGGAGCAUUAAAAAAUAAUUGUGCUGUUUUACAGCAUAUUGUGUACACCUAACUUCAGCUUUAAUGGAGGGGGAAAAAAUAUAUUUUUCAUGUGGCAUAGUGCUUGCUAUAUACAACAUCACAUAAAAAAACUGUAUUAUUCAUUUGCCAUAGUUCUAGUCAUAUACACAGCAUAAGAAAACUUAAAUAAAUUGAAUAAGAAAACUAGUAGUUUCAAGCUGCUCUGUCUGUGUAAGUUGUUUUUAUUGAAAAGAAAACAGAAAAACAAUUUUCCUGUGCAUUACCUCUCUCAUUUUUCUUUUUUUUUUUUUAUGCUCACUGCUUUGUAAUCAUGAAUAAUGUGCAGACCUGUAGACAUUUCUGUGUUACUGCUGUAAAAUUCACCCGGGACGGGCAGCUUUUGUCCUGAACUGCUUCAAAAAGACCUCGUUAUCUGUACUUUAAAGUGCUGUAACGCUCAACAAAACAGUGAUGCUAAUAGUAUGAAAAGUAUUCUGAAGAUGUUCACAAUUUUUGUAUGUAGAAUAAAUUUCUUUUUUGUACUUUCGAAAUGCUUCUGGAUACAUUCGAUGCCUCUGACAAAGAUCUGAAAGUUGAAUUUGUACCUGAAAGAUGUUUGGAAAGGAUUUAGGGAGGAAACUGACAAGUAUUGGGGCCAUUUUGAACUUGAUUAAUAAUCUUUCUUAAGUACAGUUCAGUGUGGAAAACAUCAAGAGACUGUUCUGUAGGGAGAGAGAGACUUGCCAAGCACUAAGUGGGACAUGGAAGAGUGAAAACAAUACUACAGAGGAUUAAUUAUGUUGCUAUUAGGAAAGAAGAGACUGCGAGAAGACGGAGGCUUGCCAUGAAAGUGCCAGUGCCUUUUGACUCACAACUUCUUUUUAUUCUGCAAAAUGUGCGGUUUACGCUCAAUGAGCCUUCAUCAGAAACUAUAAAGAUCCAGAGAUGAAGAGAAACAAAGUCUCAUUCAUCUGUUAUUGUGUUCCAACUUUACUGCGAAAGAUCUGUGAUCAAUGACUGUUUGGAUGAAAGAGGUUAAAAAAUGCUCAAAUGAGGAGACUUACUGCCAAAUCAGGAGACGGAAAUACAGGUGCAGCCAUAUAAAAUGCGAAAUUAUAACUAACAUGUGAAACAAAGGUUGCAAUGCUGAUUUUCAAAAAUAUAAGAUUGCUUUUUAUAAAGUAACAAGAGUGUCGACCCUAAAACUGUAUUUUGUCAGUGCAGUUUUAUGUUCAAAUUAUGAGUUCUAAAUAAUUCUCGAUUUGUUACUACUGUAUAUCAACCUGCUUGCAAUAUUUCACACAUCUGAGAGUUUAAGAUAUAAUGGAUGUGAAAUUUAA